AUUGCCGUCAUAAAAGUCGCAGUUCGGCCCAACUACACAGGCCCAGAUCCAACUGCGGCAAAUCUCGGGUCAAUUUUUAUACAUUAUGGACAAUCCAAUUAGGGAAACAGCAGACCCGAAUUCGGGACUGAUCGGGCAUGCACAAGGGUGAGAUUGUGAUCCUCCUGACUGCUACGAAUUCGUUCCCCGCCGGGCCUUAAAAUGUCUGCUUGUUUAGUCUGUUCGGCUGGAAUCCUGAAGUGGAGCCCGUGAGAGAAAUUCCGAUUGUCGGAGGCACCGGAGUGUUUCCUUUUGCAGAUGGGUAUUGCUUGGUUCGGACCAUUUAAUUUUUGGGGUUUAUGUUUUUAGACUAUAAAAUUGGAAAUCAUUUUAUGCAUUAAAAUGUUUCUCCGUAAAUGUCUCUCCAUGUUUAAAACCAUAACCGACUCAUUACUCAUCAUGGGUUGUCACUGUAACUCCCCAAUUCUUGCAAAAACUUUCUUCAAAUUCAAAUGGUCAUUUCCCUCUCUCUCUCAAACUGUUGUGGUAGAGUAAAAGCUUGAUUAGAGAAUACUAAGCACAACCCUGAAGGAAAAAGAAAAAAAGUACACAGCCAAUGGGGACUCCAUGGACAGUGACAAGGUCUAUUAGAUGGAGAAUGAGAGACUGGGCAUCUUGUUUCUUGGCUUGCAGGUUUCCUUUAGAUGAAGAUCAUUCUACUGCCCCUCAAAUUCCAAUCAGAAAAAUGAAUCGACACAAGAAUGAAGACAACAGAGGCAAUAAGACUAAUCACAAAAGACAGUCAAGAAGUAUAAACAAAAAGGACAGAGACGGAACAUUGGAGACAGAAGAUGGGAGUGAAGAAUCAAGUUGGCCACAUUUUCGAGAUGAGGACUAUAUUGUGUUCUGUUUUAGGGAUGAUGGUGCAAUUGAUGUUCUUAAAGAGAGCAGGUCAGAGUCUUUAUCCGAACGGAACGAUUGCACGAGUACAAGUUUAUGGCCAUCAAGAAGAAAGAGCAUUUGCAGUGAGAAUGAUGAAACGGUUAGUAAGACAAGCCAUGAGAACUUAUCACAUGAAGAAGGGAAUGAUAUUUGUCUUACAAAUGAGGGAGAGAUCGUUCCUGGUGAAGAGAAUGGCAAAGCAGACGGCGUUUGCGUAAUCACAGAGUCCCCUUCAUGUGAAAAUAGGAAGAGAUUUCAGAUUGAGGACAUCAAAGUGGCAGUGCCUGUUGAUUCAAGUGACUCCAAUCAAUCUGACGGCAGCGCAGGCUCUUUCUCCUUUCCUGUAUUAGCCUUGGAGUGGAUGGGCAGUCCUGUACAAAUGCCGCGGUCAGGGAGCUUUCAUUUACAGAAGCACAAGGGUCGCUGUGCGCGUUUUCAGUGUUGUAGAUUCUAGUUCUUGCCCUCUCUCGUCUCUUAAUUCUUCUUCCCUUAACUUUGAUUUCCACAUGAACAAAGUCGACAUCUUUUUUUUUAAUUUCUCUGGAGAAUAAUGUUGGCAAGGUUUCCUCUUAUACUUGGAAGCCCCAUUGGGCUUAUAUGUAAAGUCUGUAUUAAG